GGUGGAAAUAUAAUGCAUAAACAAGAGAUAUAUUUUCCUAACAAAAAAAGUACAACUUUACCAUUGGGACAGUUAUUACUUAUUCAAGAUGUUAUUCACCAUGUGAUCAAUAAACUUGGCGCAAAUCUAAUCGCUUCGACCAGUGAUUUUGCAUUAUUUAUUACUACUAAAAGUAGUUCAGCUGACA